CUUGUUUGUUGACUUUCUCUCACUCUCUCUACUUCCGUGUGUGUGUGUGUGUGUGUGUGUGUGUGUGUGUGUGUGUGAGUAUCCUUCUGAAGGUGGAGCCCUCCUGCAAUAAAAAGAGGGGGGGGGGAAAUAACAACUUAAAAUGAAGGCAAAUAUUCGAAGUUCCGCUACUACCACCCUGACGUGGCAAGCCGGCCAGUACAGAUAAAAACCCAUUCCUCUUCGAGGUUUGCUGUCUCACUGCCUCUCAAGUCCUUCUCUAGAUGCUUCUUUCCUGCUUGGAGACAUCAGACACCUUUGCCUGGGCUGUGAAUCAUCAUCCUAGGAACUUUUCUUUUUAAUUUGUUGUGGUUUUUUCUAAUACCAAGGAUCUUUGUCUUUUUUCUUUCUUUUUUUCUUUUCUUUUCAGUGCCCGUCUGAGUCAUGUUUCUGCACCAGGCUGAACUGGAUCAUUCUCUCCUCUUCUACAUGGGAGCCACGGUCCUCUACGGGGGCACGAUUUUUUACCGAGCGAGGAAGAACCGAGUGGAGAAAGCUCCUCCUUUCCGCUGGGGUCUCCUGUUGCUUUUGAUCCUGGAGGUCCUCUGCUUCACCACUUUGAGAAAUUCCCUGGGCUUGGCUCUCUUCUCCCUGGCGUGCCUCAUGUUUUGGUUGUACACCCCUGCGCAAGCCAUGCUGCCCGUCGGCCAUAAAGCGGUGCUGAUCACAGGAACCGACAGUGGAAUCGGCCAUGAGCUCGCCAAGUACCUUGACCGUUUAGGGUUUACUGUCUUUGCCGGCGUCUUAAAUGCAGCAGGGCCCGGUGCCAAAAAGCUGAAAGAGACCUGCUCCGAAAGGCUUUCUAUCCUGCAGCUGGAUAUCACCAGUUCUGCGCAAAUCAAGGAGGCUUAUCUCGAAACAAGACGGAAGUUGCAAAACGAAGAACUUUGGGCUGUUAUCAACAAUGCAGGAAUCUUGGGCUUCCUAGGUGACGGAGAGCUGCUCCCCUUGAGUUCUUACAAGCAGUGCAUGGAUGUAAAUUUCUUUGGCCCUGUUGAAAUAUCCAAAAUGUUCUUACCACUGCUUAGGAAAUCCAAGGGAAGGAUUAUUAACAUCUCGAGCCUAGCAGGUAAGUUAUGCUCGUGUUUUCCAGCAAAAGUUGUAAAUUUAUAGACCGUCACCUGGGUUGGAUUCCGCUCCCACUUUUCCGAAAGUUCGAGCUGCUGUGUGGAAG